UAGCUAUGUGGUCAGCUUUCCUACUUUUAUCCGCUACGGCAGUAUUCUCAAUACCACUACCUGAUGGAAGUACCCUGGAAAAAUGUGGAUAUGACAGUUGUAUUGAAGCGGAUGCAAGUGUCCUAAAUGUACAUAUUGUACCUCACACACACGACGACGUCGGCUGGCUCAAAACUGUCGACCAAUAUUACUAUGGAAGUCGUAAUAAUAUACAGAAAGCAGGUGUCCAAUAUAUCUUGGACUCGGUAGUUAAAGAACUAUGGGAAGACCCGAAGCGAAGAUUUAUCUACGUAGAGACGGCAUUCUUUUGGAAAUGGUGGACUAAGCAACCAGGUACAGUUAGGGAUAAAGUCCGUGCGUUGGUUAGACAAGGACGGCUGCAGAUGGUGGGAGGAGCUUGGAGUAUGAAUGAUGAAGCGGCUUCUCAUUAUCAAAGUACUAUAGACCAAUUUACUUAUGGAUUAGGUAAAUUGAACCAAACUUUCGGUUCUUGUGGUCGUCCUCAUGUUGGUUGGCAGAUAGACCCUUUUGGACAUUCUAGAGAAUUCGCAUCUCUUCUAUCAGCUAUGGGAUAUGAUGGUCUCUUCUUAGGUAGAAUAGACUAUCAGGAUAAGAGAAUGAGAUUGAUAGAGAAGAAAAUGGAAAUGGUUUGGAGAGGAGAUGAUAAUUUAGGUAAAUCAUCAGAUAUAUUUACCGGAGUAUUAUACAAUACAUAUUCACCUCCUCCUGGAUUUUGUUUCGACGUACUUUGUAAUGAUGAACCAAUUAUAGAUGACCCCAGCUCGCCUAUGUAUAAUGUGGAUCAAAAGGUUGCCAAUUUCCUGGACAAAGUAAAGGAAAUGUCAAACGGGUAUAGAACAAAAAAUAUCCUGGUGACAAUGGGGGAUGAUUUUCAAUAUCAGGAUGCUGGAAUGUGGUUCAUAAAUUUGGACAGAUUGAUUAAACAUACGAAUUUGAAGGCAGCUAAAGAUGGUCUUGGAAUAAAAGCUUUCUACUCAACCCCUGAUUGUUAUUUGAAAGCUGUGAAAAAUGCUUAUCCCAGUUUACCGACAAAACAAGAUGAUUUCUUUCCUUACGCGAGCGAUCCUACCGCUUAUUGGACUGGAUAUUUCACUUCUAGACCGACAACUAAAUACUUUGAAAGGCAAUCUAACGCCUUUUUACAGAUGGUAAAAAAUCUUCAAGUAAUGUUCAAUCUUCCUAAACAUAAUGAAUUUGUAAUUGACGAACUAAAAAGCGCUAUGGGUGUGAUGCAACACCACGACGCGAUCACGGGCACUGAGAAGCAGCACGUGGCUCACGACUACGAGAGAAUACUGACCAAUGCUGUUGAUGACGUCAUGAUUGUACCUAACCAGGCUUUUAACAAAGUUUUAAAAGCCAAAGGUUAUGAAGGACCAGAACUCGAAUAUAAAAGAUGUCAUCUCAAUGAAUCUUCUUGCAGCGUCUCGGAACAGAAGAAAUCUUUUAUCGUCACAAUUUUCAAUCCAUUAGCUUGGUCUGUGAAAGAACCUAUCAGGAUUCCUGUGAUUGACGGUAGUUAUAAAAUAAAAGGACCUAAUGCAACAGAAAUAAACUACCAAUUACUAGAUAUACCAGAAUCAGUAAAAAAUAUACCAACAAGAAAAUCCUCAGCUACCCACGAAUUGGUUUUCAUAACUGAAUUGCAACCUUUAAGUUUUCAAACAUAUCUUAUAACGAAAAACGACCAAAAAACAAAAAGAAACACAAAAACACAGGAAAAUCAAAGAAAAAACGAUUUCUAUACUAAUUUGAACGAUUAUUGGAUGAAAAAAACUCCUGUAGAUAUAAAAAAUUUGGAUGAAAAAGACGCAAUUUGCGAUAAAAAUCUAGAAUCGAAAGAUAAAAAUCUAGAUUUCGAUGUAUUUAAGGAUAAAAAUUAUGGUAUAAGUGAAGAUAUAUUACAAUUGGAGAAGAUAAUAAGAGAAGCAAAGAGAAAUAUGGAGAAAGAGCCGAGAGAAAAUCUGGCGAAGAAAUUGAACUAUCCGAGUUUAAAUUAUGAAGAAAUGAGGAUGUUAUCUGAUGAACCGGCUGUUGUUAACAUGAUUGAAGAUAUCUACAUCGAAAAUGAGAAUUUAAAACUACGUUUAGACAAUCAAGGGAUUAUACAACUAAUACAAAAUUCAACAACAUUGAAAUUCGCUAUAAACUUAUACUACUGGUCCGCUUGUAAUGGCGACAACACUAAUACUACAGAGAGAUCCUCUGGCGCUUAUAUUUUCCGUCCAAAUAUAACAAAACCGAUACAAUUAAAUCCAAUAAGUAACGAAAUAAAAAAGGGUAACAUUGUUUCUGAAGUUAGAAAUACAUACGAGGGAAAUGUUAGCAUAACAACGCGUUUAUAUAACAAUUUAGAUUAUAUCGAAAUAGAUUUUACUGUAGGUCCGAUUCCCAUAGAUGAUAACAUAGGUAAAGAAUAUAUAAUAAAAUAUCAAACAGAUAUAAAUAAUGAUGGUAUUUUUUACACUGAUUCUAAUGGUAGGCAAAUGUUGAAACGGAAACUAAAUGAACGACCACAAUGGAAUUUGACAUUAGCGGAACCGAUAGCCGGAAAUUAUUAUCCAAUAACUAAUAAAAUAUAUAUAGAAGAUGAUAAAAAUCGUCUGUCUGUGUUAACUGAUAGAUCAGAAGGUGGAAGUUCAUUAAAUAACGGGGAAAUUGAGGUUAUGUUACACAGACGGUUGUUACAUGACGACGCGUUCGGUGUUGGUGAAGCGUUGAAUGAAAUUUUGAACGAAAAAGGACUAGUUGUUAGAGGAACACAAAGAUUAUUAACAAAGAAAUCAGAUUUAAACAGAAAACGUGUGUUAGAAUUUCAUUAUAAACCAAUAAUAUUGUUAGCGGAUGCUGAAAGUUUUGAUCUGUCAAAAUUUGACAUUAAAACUAUCGGUUUAAAAAAUCCGUUGCCGUUUGGAGUACAUUUAUUAUCUUUAGAAUGUUGGAAUGAUAAUAUGUUGGUGAGAAUUGAAAAUUAUUUGGAUAUAAAUUCAACCAUUGAAGUGGAUUUAAGUGAAUUGUUUAAUUUUGUUAAGAUAAAAUCUUUUAAAGAGACAACUUUAGCCGCGAAUCUAUGGUUGGAUGAAUACGAGAAAAUUAAUUGGACCACAGAUAAUGAAUUUGUCGAUUUUAACGAAAAUAUUGUUUUUGAUGAUGGUUUUAAAGUUAAAAUUAAAUCUAAACAAAUCCGUACAUUUAUUAUUGAAUACGAAUAUGUAGGUUUUAUGUAA